AUGCAUGGUGAUGCCAGAAUUGAGGGGUAUCACUACUGUAUGCCACCUGAAACACUCUUGGCUCUGACCUGCACCUCAUUAAUUUUAACUGUGGGAAUUACUGGUGUUAAUUCUCAUGCUAGAGAUAUGUAUGGUAACAGUCAUGGUCAUGGUACAUGUGUAUUGUAGGAAAUACCAUCCAUGCAUAAAUUAGUACAAUAAUUGUAAAGUCUAUAUAUGUGUAGGAAUGAGGAUAUAUUUAACAAUUAUUCUUUGAAAUCGAGGUGAAUAGUGGCAAAAUAUUCCCAAAGCCACUAUUCACCGAGAUUGAGAAGAAUAAUUGUUUUAGUAGAGUAUUCUAGAGUUUGACUAAUAGUCGCGGGUCGCGGGUCGCGGGUCCAAUGUCGCGGUCGCGGGUCCAAUGUCGCGGCAGGGGAAAAUGAUUUGAAAACGACUGAUAUGAAAACAAUAUGAAGGGAAAAAUGUUUUUUAUGCACGAUACUCAAGGGUAGCCAAUUUACAGGUUACGCAUGUUAGAGUCAACAAAAUAAUCUCUCAAGGAAAGACCUAAAAGAAAAAGCUGGUCGACUUUUGUGUUCACCGCAAGUUUAUUUUGUUUUCUUUCUGUUGGGCCCAGUUAAUCAGCUUUGAAUAUACUUAUGUAUAACAGUAUCUGAUAAAAAAUGUUACCAUGAGUAACCAUUGUUUUCUUCUUGUCUACGAAUUGCUCACAAAUUCUUAGGGGUGCAUUCACUGAAAAAUGUGCGAUACACUUCAUAGACUAUAAAUUAUAAACGUUACAACAACUUAAAACCUUUUUUAAAAAAGGCUAACUCGGGCUCGAAAAGCUACGAGUCUGUCGGUAGAAGAAACGAGAACUGUUUCAAUUUUAACAAAUGCUUUGGCAAAAAUAAAGAAAACGCUUGUUGAAAAACUUCCUGGUCGCUGUUACGAAAAAUUGUAUUACGUGAAUAGUGUGACUUUCUAGAAGCUUCGCGAGAGUUCAUAAUUUGUUUAUUUUAGGAUCUUGUGUAAGCGUUUCUAAAAGCGGUAUAUUUUGUAAUCUUUCUAUAAUUAGACUAUUUGGAAAGUUCUAGAAUCUUAUUGUAAACGUAUAUAAGGUAGGCGAGCCCGAGUUAAGUUUUAACUAGUUUUCACAAGCGAAGAGAGUUUGACGUUGGUCGUGUUUAGUCAAGUGUGACGAAGGCAGUGUUUGUUCAAGUUGGCGGAGGCCGUGUAAGUUUAACGAGUUACGUGCUGUUGUGGAGUUUUACUCAGUGGAAACUACGUUCAUCUUUGGAAUAAAUCUUCUUAUUGCUGUUCCGACAACCCUGCGUUCAGUUUAGUUCGCAAGCUACCCGUCCUCUAAAAGAUUACCCGCGUAACAGUCGCAAACUCCCAAAAUAAACUCUUUGCAAAAGUAACUGGAAAGAGGAGGAGAGACGUUGGGCUUGAAGUGCCAGUAAAGUACAUUCAAGCGGGUAUUCAAGGCAUGACUUUAAUAAAAAACAAGUAAUAAUCCACAGCAAGAGGGAAUAAAGCUCGAGCUUUAUCCUCUCUUGUCCACAGAAAGGAGUUUGUUCCCAAUAACGAUUGAAAUCCGGAAUCCAAGUUCUACCAAGAGAGAAUAGAUCAUAGUCUCUUGGUUCUACUGACAAAGACUUGAAUCCAGUACCUGGAAUCUGGAAUUACUUACCUAAUUUAUUGUCUUUUCUUAGCUCUGGUGGAGUUGAUAACUUACCGUUUUCAGUGUCCGGUUUACUUUCUUUUUCAGCUUCAUGAUAUCGGGCGUUAUUAUUUCCUUACCUACUUACUCACUUAGUUAUUUACGAUGCAUGUUUUCAAGAUUUGACUGAGACGCACGUUGAAUGGCUUCCUAUUGUCAGGUUGUCCUGGUUGCCAUUUAGGUGAAGAGAACAAGAAGUUAUAUGGGUUGCCGUCUCAGUUGUAAAAAUAAAAGCAUUAAGCGAAAAUCUUGCUUCGAGGAACAGACUUCUUUCUGUGGAUUAUUACUUGUUUCCAUAUUAAAUUCAUGCCUUGAAUACCGCUUGAAUGAAGUUUCAUGCGCCUAUUUACAUUUUCUUUCAGUUUUGCCGAAAACAUCUGUUAAAUAUAAGAGUUCUCGUCUCUUCUACCGACAGACUCGUAGCUUUUUGAGCCCGAGUUCGCUUUUUUUAAAAAAAGGCUUUAAGUUGUUGUAACGUUUAUAAUCUGUAGUCUAUGAAGUGUAUCGCAUAUUUUUCAGUAAUUGAACCCUUAAGCAUUUGUGAGCAAUUCAUCGACAAGAAGAAAGCAAUGGUAACUUAUGGUAACUUUUUUUUUUAUCAGAUACUGUUAUUCAUAAGUAUAUUCAAAGCUCGAAUUUACACAUAACUGAGCCCGACAGAGAGAAAAAAAAAUAAAGUUGCGCUGAACACAAAAGUCGGUCAGCUUUUUCCUUUAGGUCUUUUCUUGAGACAUUAUUUUGUUGACUCUAACAUGCGUAACCUGUAAAUUGGCUACCGUAGAGUAUUGUGCAUAAAAAAGAUUUUUUCCCUUUAUAUUGUGUUCAUAUCAGUCGUUUUCACUCAGCUGUUACCUCGAACCCCAAAUCAUUUUCCCCUGCCGCAACAUUGGACCCGCGACCGCGACUUUGGACCCGCGACCGCGACAUUGGACCCGCGACCGCGACUUUGGACCCGCGACCGCGACUUUGGACCCGCGACCCGCGACUAUUAGUCAAACUCGUUUUAGUAUAUACACACGAAGUGAUCUCAACAAAAUCAGAAAGGAAACCAUUCAAAAGUAGGAUUUGAUUGACAGAUCAAAUCACGCGUAAGUUUAAAAAUAGAUCUUUGCAGAAUUUUCAAACAUGGCAAUUCACAAAUUUACUCAUUUCGCAAACAACAGCGUAAUGGCUUCAAUGGAAUCGCUAAAAGUUUGAACUGUUUCCUUACCUGAGAAAAAAAGUAGAGCUGUGUUGUUUUCUGUUGACUCGCCAAGUUUAUAUCCAAAAGGGCAUGUUGUGUCGUUCUUCGCAUGAAGUGCUGACAAAAAUGGCGGCUCGGUUGCUCGAGGUAAGAGGUCGUCUUCCUGUAUCAUUCUUUUUCCUGUUUACUUGAAAUGUAGAAUUUCUGCAAACAUUUCCUUUUAAAUUUGUUUGUCAUAAAUAAACUUCGAUUUUUGAACCAAAAUUUUCUUCUUAGAAAACGCUGAGUUCACGAAACGGCUUCUUCUAUGCGAAUACACGGGAGUUGUAAACAAUCCAUCGAGCACAAAACUCCUGCUACAGUAAAUUGAAAAACGCCGUAUUGAAUCCUUCCAAGUCUUUUCUUGCCUUAAAAAAAGUCAGCCCUAGGAUUUUGUCGACUUUUAAAAGAUCGUUCUCUAAAAAAAACGGGAAAAACACCGAGCUCACACAUUAUCCACUCGCUAGGAGGUGAAUAUUGUUGAAUAGUCCGAGAUAGCGAACCAAUCAGAUUGCUUAAAUCACCAAGAUCACUGAGUGUGUAUAUACUAAAUGAGCUUAAAGGUGUACAUACUGCCAACUUUGAAGUUGAUAUUUGUUCUAGCAGUGUUGAAUACUGUAGUAUAUCAAAUGUUAAUAGUUUAUACCAAUGUUCUUGUAAACAGUGCUGUGCUAUAGGAGUUUAUGCAAUUUGUUGCUCCGUUUUUAAUCCAUGUGGAUACUGGCCUUCAGGAACUUCAUCUGCCCUUGCUAGUAAUGGGAAUACACUGUACAAUGUGAUCGGUCUAAAAAGACAUAUUAUGGCAGUUGAUCUUCCUGAAAGUGAGAGUAUAAGUGGAGCUGAGAUAAACCAUACUGUUUGCGCUGCAAACAGUGGUGUCCUAAGUUGGAAUUUGUCUGAGAGCAAAUCUGUGUUGAAGAUGUGCAUUUCAAAACAUUGUCAUGAAGUGACAGGAUUUUUGUCGUGGAUUGGAACAUACUGUAUAAGCUGUGUAGUUCAGCAAAGAAGUAGAGUAAAGGAUUUAUCUUUUCUUGUGGGAUAUGAUGAAAGUUAGGUGAAAUAAGACUUGUUAAAAGUAUCAAAGGCAUACAUUCAUUUGUAAAAUUACACAAAGUCAAGAGCCAUAAUAGGACAGAGAGGGACACUCAGGGCGUUGGCCGGGAUAUCUUAAUCCCCAAAAAGUUAUUUUUAGAACUAUGCGGACCAUGCGAAAACAGUUUCCGGUAAACUGAUUGACUUCCGGAAGACUCGCUUUCACGAUUUCUGCGCGCCAAAGCGAGGCGGCGUCAACAAAUAAGAAAAUGGCGGCACAAGUGGAGGGACGAUGUGGAGUUGAUAAAUUGGCCUUCUUCAACAAAAAACCUACCAUAGAAACUGCUUUAAACUUCUACACAAAAGGGUCCUUUACAAGCAACGGUAGAAAUCCGUUAAAGCGACCGCGUGACCAUCGUUUUUGUUUGAACAGCUGGAAUGAGGACAAGUAGCAUUGCGGCCCGGAUAAGUCUUGAAGACAAGAUACGCGGGUCCUACAAAGACGACCGUACAAGCAACCAUGUGGAGAGGAAGGAAAAGAACGUAUACAGGUUUCCAGUAUUUUUGUCACGGACAUGACCGGGAAUCUUGUGGAACACACCUUUUCCUGCUUGACUGAUAUUUUGUUCCGCACUUCACAUAUGGACAAUUAGCAAUUCUUUAUUGAACACGAGGUUAAUAGAAGCGGAGCUUAAUGUUCCUAAAUCAGUGGCAAUCGGUAAACAAUAGGUUUAAUCUUUACAGAAUUUUUAAACAUUGCAAAUCAAAUCGGAAACAAUAGCAUAAUGGGAAUCGCCAGAAGUUUAAAUUGUACUUUCAAUCCUAAGAAGGACAGUACUGUAGCAGCUAUCCUAAGGUCUACUGUGAUUGGCUCACAGAGUGUGAAGGGUUGCGAGGGUUUCAAACCAAUGAUAUUGUUCAUAUGGUGUCACGUUCAUUCCGCCUCGUUCAUAAUUCUCGCGCGUGUGGAGGGAGUGCUGGUUUCAAGCGUUGCAAGGGUUUCAAGCGUUGCGAGGGUUUCAAGCAUUGCGAGGGUUGCAAGGGUUUCAAGCGUUGCAAGCGUUGCGAGGAUUUCAAGCGUUGCGAGGGUUUCAAGCGUUGCGAGGGUUGCAAGGGUUGCGAGGGUUGCAACGGUUUCAAGCAUUGCUAGGGUUUCAGCUGGUGGAUCAUCAAACUGCUUGAGAACUCUGAGAGACUAAUGCCUCUUAUUUCCCUUUUUAAAUGUAUAGUCUACAUGAUGGGUUAGUGAUGGGUCCAAUUCAGAUCACUGCUAACAUAAACUCCAAGCAGCUUUAUAAACUGUGACCCUUUUGAUUCUGUUGCCAUCAAUGUAUUCAUGCCGAUACCCUAAAAGUAACUUUGGGAGCUCUCAUUGAAGUCACGCUAUUGUUCUGAUACAAUACAACAGACAGAAAACCACUCGAGUGUUGGAAUUAUUGGCCACUUGUCUGAGUGACAGUUUCACUGAUUAUCAAACCGAUGCAUUAGUUAACAACGAUAAUUCCGAGUGAAGAGAGUUUAUAAUCUCGUCACGCGGGAAUCUAUUAUAGAGAGAUCUAGAAGUUCAAGUUCAAGUUUAUUUAAUAACCCUUCUGAUACAAACCAUAAUUAAUCCUUGCCCGCAAAGUAGCCUAUAGCUAAUCGAGGCGGGAAGGAAAAGUAAAAAAGUUACAAUAACAGGGUUGAAACAUAACAAUAAAAUUACACAGAUACAGGAACAUCGACAUAUUGAAUCCACUAAACAGUAAAUACAUACACCUGUAUACUUAAAAAUAGGUAAAUGAAACAAGGUAUGAGUGAAAUUCAUAUUUAUACUAAAUAUGUCAAUUAAAGUACGCACGCCAACAUAAGUAUCAAAAUAUCCAGUCGCCUACUGUGUAGGGUAUUCUUAAAUUUAUAUUUAGGUAAAGCACGAUCACUGUCGGGAAUACUAUUCGAUAUUUUUACACCAAUUCUUGAAAAGGAGUUCUUCAUAUGGUUAGUUCUCGAGUGCUUAAUAUAGAAAUUGCCAGCCACAGAAAAUCGUGUAUUAUGAUGAUGUACGUUUGAAGAAUAGGUAAAUAAGCUGGAAACGUUUGGAGGUUUUACAUUAUUGAAUACAUCGUGCAUGAUAAGGCAGAUUGUUUUAAAAUAAAGAAAAUUUAGAGGAAGAACAUAAGACAAUUUGAACAGAGGUACAGCGUGGAACCUAAAGGGUUUGAAAUGAAUCAAUCGAGCUAGAGCAAACCGGUUCCAAUAACACCCAUUUAAAAAUGGGCAUAAAUCGGCUCGGAAACCACACAGGAAAGAAGAAACACAACGGUUUUAAGCAAGGUUAGCCGAUUGUUAUUUAAUCCUUUUACUUCGUAGGCUACAGAAAAAAUUGUUUUUCUCCCUUACAAAUCCUUAUAUUUUGAACAUUGUGCCUCUUGUGGUAUAAGUCAGGGAAAAUUUAACUCUCCUUUCAAAGAAGUAAGAGGAUGUUCACCAAAGUUAAAUGUGUUUCACUGGCAGAAUAUUGUUUUAAGAAAUUAAACGACAAGCAGAUAUAGGGUCUCCUAUAAGAUCAAUCCAUUCUGCACUUUACAUUCCCGACAAAUUCAUGUAAUAAAUGGGUGGAGAGGAUGGCUGUGAUGGAAGUUUGGGCACUUAUUCAAAUUGCCUAGUGGACACAGAUGACGGAAAGCAAAAGAACAAAAACCUGACGAUUUCCCCUGAAAAGAAAACAAAGAAGUCUUUUCUUUUACGUCAUCUUUGUCCAGUACACGAAGUUUUGACUGGAAUUUGGACUCCAUAAAUAUCUGGACAAAUUGUGAAUUCAUUUGCUCAAGGAAAGUGUGCAUUUGACUGUCAGUCUGGGAAUUUCAACCUCAUGCAUGUUGAGAAUUGAGAAACUGAUCACCUUCAACAUGACUUGUAACAGUUGUAUGUAGACAUUUCACUCUUGCAUGGGUAUUUGUUUCUCAUGCAUGUACAAUGUAGUUGUCAAGUGUGAUUAUAUACUACAACAAAUGCAAACACUGUCAUAUAGUUCACUUAAAAAUAAAUAUUUUCUUCUCCAAUUACCAGCAUUUACUUGUUAUUUUCACUACAGCAUUAUCCCCUACCAUUUCAUCCACUCACUACUAAUGACUUCACAAGUAGUUAUUAUAGAACUAUUCGGCUAACUCAAUGUUGUACCCAAUUCAAAUCUCUUUGUGUGUUGUAUUUGCAUUAUAAUGUGGCAUUCACAUUUAAAUGAUAUGGAAAUUCCUGAAACAAAACGUUUUAUUCCCAAGGGGUCUGAAUUGGGUACAACAAUGAGUUAGUCGAAUAGGUCUAUUACUUACGGAUAUCUCCCUGAGAAUCGAUCCUUCCAUACGUUUAAUCUUUGCCUGAUUGUGCCUCAUUUUUAUAUCUACACCACAGCCAAAGAAAGCGAACCAUGUAGUUUCUUAGCCUUUAAAGCGUUUCUGAAAUACAAAUUACCUAUAGAGCCUUCAAGUGUCCGUGAAUCCCUGAGCCUUUAGCUGCAAACAAGCUUGACUUGUUUAGUUAUUUCUGUUAUUUGGUUAUUUUUUAAUUUUACCUGUCUAUUUCAUUUUCUUUUUGUAAUUAAUAAUUGCAACAUCCUGUAUAGCAGUUGUAUGUUGUCUGUUCCUUUUAUUUUAGUUUUGUAACGUCGUUCUUUGUUUGUUAAUAUUGUAUAUUGUAUUGUACUUAUCAAUAAACUUCAAUUAAAAAAAGUUAUUAUUUCACUUAUUAUUAAAGAUGGCAUGGGUUAGCUGCAUUUAUUUGCCUCCAGUUGUCCACCAUCAAACCCAUUUCCUUUUGACUAUAAUUACACAUGUAGGAGGGUCAAACAGGAUUGACUACAUCUCACCUUCCAAUAUUAGAGCCAGUAUUGAAACUCGCCCUCCCAAGCUACACAAUUUACUCCAAUUCUCUCCCCCUUCCAUCCCUGAAAUUUUAUAGGCGUCUCCUCCUCCCCCCCUUCCCACCCCCGCCUAGGUUCGCGAUGUUCUGCGAUACACGUAUUUCCAGUUAACUUGGAUGUCUGAAUAAACUGUCUACGGCCGACCUUUAUAUCAUUUAACUGAAUGAUUUUUUCUUAUACUCUAACCAUCCUUGUCUACAGUAUACAUACGUGCAAGUCAAAACCCCCUAAAUUGGAUGUGUAUUGACUCGAGUCUUCAGUAAACAUCAGUGGUAAAACAAAUAUGUUUGGAAACAAGCUACUGUCCUAAACAUAUCACUAAUUGUUUAACGAACACGCAUCCUCACAGAUCUUAACGGGUCAGAAAAUACUCCGUAAAUAACCCUGUGCGUCGGACACACAAAAAUGGCGUUCUCGCCUUAUUUUAGUGGAGAGACUGCGACCUUAAUUAGCCACUUUAGAUGUCGACAGAUAUUUGACUAGAAUUUACUGUGGCAUAUUUUGAUUACUUUUUCGAGGCUGUGCUGUCGGGUUCAUUUUGCAUAUCUUGGCAGAUUUUGAAAAUGUUACAUGUACCUACAUCUACAUCUACAUAAAUUUUAAGUCCUACAAAGGCGGAUAUCUAUCACUGCAAGACAUUAAAUAAACUAAUGAAUAAAUAAAUAUUGUUAAAAUUCAAAAAAAAGAAAGAAAAUAAAAUAACAAUAAAUAACUAACAAAAUAAUUUAAAAAGUAAAUGAAUUUAAGCAAAAAAAAGAAUUGAAUUGAGCUUACAGAUGGCCAAAUAAAUAAACACUAUAGUAGGUAAAUAAAAAAAAAACUGGAAAUUGAGAUAAAAAGUACUAACAAUAUUAAUGCAGUAAAUGUCAUUUGUUAGUUAAAAACUUUGAAAAAUUAUGCCAAUACCGCCAAAUUGACAAAAAGGUAUUUUUCGGCUCCAAACAACCUCGUCCCCAGGGCGCUUUUCCCUGGGGCUCCAAAGUAGCCAUUAUCCCUCAUUUUUUCUUUCUAUACCUUUUCUUUUUCCCUGUUAAUGUGAUUUUCAAGCUCAUCGCAACACUUGAAACCCUUGCAAUGCUUGAAACCCUUGCAACACUUGAAACCCUUGCAACGCUUAAAACCCUUGCAACACUUGAAACCCUUGCAAUGCUUGCAACCCUUGCAACACUUGAAACUCUUGCAACACUUGAAACCCUCGCAACGCUUAAAACCCUUACAACACUUGGAACCCUUGCAAUGCUUGAAACCUUUGCAACACUUGAAACUCUUGCAACACUUGAAAACCUCGCAAUGCUUGAAACCCUUACAACACUUGGAACCCUUGCAACGCUUGAAACUCUUGCACCACUUGAAACCUUCGCAACGCUUAAAACCCUUACAACACUUGGAACCCUUGCAAUGCUUGAAACCCUUGCAACACUCUAAACCCUUGCAGCACUUGAAACCCUCGCAACGCUUGAAACCCUUGCAACACUUGGAACCCUUGCAACCCUUGAAACUCUCGCAACGCUUGAAACCCUUACAACACUUGGAACCCUCGCAACACUUGAAACCCUUGCAACACUUGAAACCCUUGCAACGCUUGAAACCCUUACAACACUUGAAUCCCUUGCAAUGCUUGAAACCCUCGCAACGCUUGAAACCCUUGUAACGCUUGAAACACCGGCAACACUUGAAAUGCCUGAAACCCUCGCAACGCUUGAAACACCUGCAACGCGCGAAACCCUUACAAUGCUUGGAACCCUCGCAACUUGAAAUCCUUGAACCCUUAAAAUCCAUGAAAAUCCUGUAGAAUGCUGGUCUCCGUGACAGGCGAAAAAAGGAGUGAGAGAGUAGGAAGAAAGGCUUUCUUUUCCCCCUUUCUCCUUAUGCCUUCCUCUUCUCAGUUUUGGACGCCCGCUAGGCAGGCUAUCUUAUAAAUACGUUAAAUACGUCUCUUUAUGUGUCAAGCUCUCUAUACGCAAUGCUUGCUUUCCAUUUAAGUAUUAGAAUGACAAUCUCUAGUAUGAAAUUUAAAUUAACCUUCUAGUUUAAUUACAAUCAACUAUCAAACAUAAUCUCAGGUUAAAAAAUUAUAAAGGGACAUAUAAAAAUUAAUAAAGCAAAGGAAUAAGCUGUUAGCCAAUCAGAGGAGACCUUACGAUAGCUGCUACAUCACUCAAGAAGGAAAGUAGAGCUUUGUUUUCAUCUGUCGACUCGCCAACUUAGAGGAAAAAAGUUUUUUGUGCAGCUAAUUUGUGCUGUUCUUUGUAAGUGCAGACAAUGGUGGUCCGGUUGCUUGAGGUAAGGAGCCGUUUCUCUGUAGUUUUCUCUGUCCUGUUGAAUUGAAAUGUCGAGCUUUCGUUAAGAUUUGCUUUCAUUUUUUUUCUCACAAGUCAGUUGAAUUUGAUUUCAGGGGAAAAUUUGUCUUUAAAGGAAAUGUUGAGUUCACACACCCCUUCUACUCGAUUAAACUGUAAUUGUCAACAUUCCAUCGAGCAAAAAAUAUUGAAACUUUGAAGUCUUUUCAUACCUUCAAAAGAGUGGACCCUAGGAUUUUGCCGAAUUCUGAAAGGUUCUUACUCUAACAAAUUGGCAAAACAACGAGCUUACGAGUUAUUUACUCGCGAGGCUAAAACACUACAAAGAUCACUGAGUUGUAUCCUGAAACCGAUUUUUGCUUGUAAAAACUUUAUUUGUGUAAGGUUAUUUGUGUUUUUCAUGUUGCAAACGGUGUUGAAAUAAAUACGACAGUAUGAUAAUCUCAUCUGGCGUUUAUUUACUUUAUGUGGUUUUACCUAGCCUCAUAUUUUCCUCAUACACCUGUAACAAUUAACCUUUACAGAUCCUGCACCCAAACAUUUGUUACGUGUGUUAAAUAAUAUAAGCUUGCUGCAUGCAUAAUAAAUGUACGGGUUUGGAUGCACAGGACCUUUUGAUGUUGUGUUUGCCACUUAUUGAUCCAGCAAGUUUUGCCUGCUUUAGUAAGCACUCAUGGUGUUAGGUGUCGGCUGCUGAAUGUAGUCUUUUCUUUUUUUCUCUAUAGAAAGCACUUGAAAGUGUUAAGAAUAUAAACUAGUGCAAUAAGUUCAAGCUGUGUGUAGCUUCUUGUUUAUAAUUAUGUCUUAUUUCUUGUACCUCCCCUCCUCAGUGAAAGCCGAAUUAACUCAUUUUCUGCAUUGAAUGGUGUGCAGACCCCAUAUUAAACAGACACCCUGUAUUCAGCCGUCGAAUAACUCAAAAUGUGGCAAAACGUUUCUUUCCAAAAUGUAAGAAAAACAAAUCUGUACUUAAUGGAUAUCUCUAAUAAACAGAAAGCAGCAAAGUUUUUUUGUUGAUGCCCGCCCAAUUCUACGGUAAUUACACAGGUUUUUUUUUUAUUUAUAACAACCUUUAAUGCAUAAAAAUAGAUGGUAAAAAGAAGGAUGAGUGAGGGUGUAAAGAGAGAAGAACUGAGUCCUUAUGCCAGGCUGGCUCCCUCCCUGAGGAUAUAAUAUAAAAUACAACAUGUAAAGGUUUCAUAAAAUUGGUACAUCAUUUAUGUUGUGUGGUUGUGUGUCUCUUAGACUGUGAGCAGUCUCUCUUCAGCUUGAAAAUCUGUAAGUGAGAUUAUUUGUGAGGGCGCAAAUUCGAAUACAGUGCUCAAAUACUCUUGCUUACAGAUUUUCAAGCAAAAGAGAGACUGCUCGCAGUCUAUAUGUCUUUCAGUGUCUGCAAACUUUUCUGUUGUUUUCUGACAGGUUGAAUUGAAGGAACAAUACUACUAGCAAUCAUGAAUUCUCUUUUAAGAUGUCUGCAUGACCUUGCCACGGAAUUGAUAGUGGGGAAAAUAAUGUACUAGUCUGACAAACAGUGCAAGUUCUAUAUUUUGGGGAAAGGGAGCACUUAUUUAUUUAUUAUUUUUUAUACUUUUGUUAAACUAUGUGGCUGCCAAUGCCUUUGGGAUUUGAAAUUUGAGGAAUACUGGAAAGAGUGUGACCAACAGAGUGACACACAUGUUAUCAUACACACUACAUUAAUAUUAAUUUGUCUCCUUCUAGAUGCUUUCCAUGACAUUGCCUCUUUCAAGCCAUGGCACAAAUAGAUACACUGAUUCAGUCACACACUAUGUUUUAUUGCUCCAGAAUGUCUCUCUCAAUGCAACCCAUGCAGGUGCAUAAAUUGAUGAACUCACCAAUGAAAGAAACUUGACCUAAUUAAGAGGUCAAGAUGUGACCAAAGGAAGUUCUUAUCUGAUUUUUAUUUUAGUGUGAUACUGCUAUUUUUAACUUAAAGCUUUCCUCAAUGAAGGUCAUAUGCUCAAAUACAGAUCAGCUUAACUGAUAAUAACAGCCUCAAUUUUCUGUGAUGUCUUAGUGGUUGCAUGAGGCCUGAUCAAUCAUAAUAUGCAGAUCAACAUGUGAGUUUAUUAGAUUAUUUAAAGGGAACGACUGGGGUGUCAUGGUGCAGGAUGCCUUAAAAGCAAAAGAUUACACAAACUUACUCUGCCUGCAGACUCGGCUUUAAGAGCAUUAGAAUGCAACAUUAAUAUCAAUAAAGUCAACGUUUAAACAUGUUGAAAUGCCAAAAGGUGCUCACUUUACUAUUGUCUCUACUAUACUUCUGAUUCGUUUAGGCAGCAAAAUCAAGAAAACUUUGCACCGCAGCAUGUAUAUGAAUCCUUAUAACAAAUUCUUAUGAGUCUGAUUAAAACAGGCAUGCCAGGAAUAAAAAAUUAAUGUAAAGUUUUCUUCAGUUGGCUAUUGUUUGCAGCUCUUAUGAUUGGUUGAAACCUUUUAACACAAAGAAAAUACCCCUUAAAAUGGGUAUGGAUACAUUUAUUUUCUAAAACAUUUUUUUGUUUUUCUGAAAAUAUGGUUAGAAACUUUUCAAACAUACUGAGCUAUUCAUCUGCUUAACAUAGGAUGUAACUUUUAAUAUGGGGUCUGCUUAAAUAAACAGGUUUUGCCGUUCACUAUAGAAAAUGAGUAAUUAGGUUUGUUAUUUUUUUCUGUGUGGGAGGGGAGUAUAAAAAAUAAGACACAACUCAGUAAGAAGCUAUACACAGCUUGAACUUAUUGCAAUAGUUUUUAUUCUUAAUACUUUUGAGCACCUUCUAUAACGAAAAAAAGAAAAGACUAGAUUCAGCAGCCGACGCCUAAAACCAUGAGUGCUUAAUUACUAAAAUAGAGGAAACUUGCUGGGUCAAUAAGUGGCAACACAACAUCAAAAGGUCCUAUGCAUCCAUCAAUGCCUGAAGCUUGAAUUAUGCUGUGGUACGAUUUGCAUUCAAACCCCUACAUUUAUUAUACAUGCAGCAAGCUUAUAUUAUUUAACACACUUAACAAAUGUUUGGGGUUGUUCUUACCUACACAUUCUGGUGCAGGAUCUGUAAAGGUUAAUUAUUACAGGUGUAUGAGGAAAAUAUGAGGCUUGGUAAAACCACAUAGAGUAAAUAAUAAACUCCAGAUGAGAUUAUCAUACUGUCGUAUUUAUUUCAACACCGUUUGCAACAUGAAAAAACACAAAUAACCUUACACAAAUAAAGCUUUUACAAGCAAAAAUCGUUUGCAGGAUACACACUCGGUGAUCUUUGUAGUGUUUUAGCCUCACGAGUAAAUAAUGCGUUAGCUCGGUGUUUUGCCAAUCUCUUUAGAGCAAGAACCUUUCAGAAUUCGGCAAAAUCCUAGGGUCCAUUUUUUUGAAGGUAAGAAAAGACUUCAAAGCAUUCAAAAGAGCAUUUUCCGAUUAACUUUACUGAGCAAUAUUUUUCGCUCGCUGGAAUGUUGACAAUUACAGUUUAAAAAUGGAAGAGGUGGUUUUGUAAACUCAACAUUUCCUUCAAAGGUGAAUUUUCCCCAGAAAUCAAAUUCAACUUAUGACCAAAAAAAAUAAAAGCAAAUCUUUACGAAAUCUCGAGAUUUCAAUGUCAAGAAAACUACAGAGAAACGGCUCCUUACCUCGAGCAACCGGGCCACAAUUGUCUGCACUUAUUAAAGAACAACACAAGCUGCACAAAAUUAAACCUUUUUCCCUAACUUAGCGAGUCGACAGAUGAAAACAAAGCUCUUCUUUUCUUCACAGGCUUGGAAGCAGAAUUUAAAGUUCUGGCGAUUCCAUAUAAUCCAUUAGGCCAUUGUUUGCGAAAGGAUUUUUUAACUGCGAUUUGAUUUGCAAUGUUUGAAAAUUCUGUAAAGAUCAAACUUUUGCACAUACCGAUUUUCACACAUGAGUUGAUCCGUCAAAACCGUCAAUCAAAUUGAACUUAAAUGGUCUCCUUACUGAUUUUCAAUCUUGGUGAAUAGUGGCUUUAGGAAUAUUAACCUCGCCGCGAAUAUUCCGUUUCUAUUCACCUCGUGUUCUAGAAUAUUAAAGUGCUUAAUUGUUAAUUGUCCAAUGUGAAGCACGUUACAAAAUAUCAGUCAAAGCAGGAAAAGGUGUUUUCCACAUGAUUCCUGGUCAUGUCCUUGAGAAAAAUACUAGAAACCUUUAUACGUUUUUUUCCUUCCUUUUUCAACAGAAAAUACGUCCACACGGUCACUUGUACUGUCGUCUUUGUAGGACCCGCAUUUUGUGUUCAACGCUUAACGCUUAUCCGGGCCGCAUUGCUACUUGUCGUCUUUCCAGCUGUUCCAACAAAAACGAUAGUCCACGCGGUCGCUUUAACUGUAUUUCUACCGUUUCUUGCAAAGGAUCCGUUUUUGUAGAAGUUUUAACCAAUUUCUAUGGUAGGUUCUUCGUUGAAGAAGGACAAUUUAUCAAGUACACACCCGCCACACCGUCCCUCCACUUAGGCAGCCAUUUUUUUCAGUUAUUGACACCGCCUCGCUUUGGCGCGCUGAAUAUUCCGGAAGUCAACCAGUUUACCGGAAACUGUUUCUGCAUGGUCCGCAUAGUUCUAAAAAUAACUUUUUUGGGAUUAAAAUAUCCCAAAGGCGUGACUGGGAGUGUCCCUCUCUGUCCUAUUAUGGCUCUUGACAAAGUAAGUUAAAUUGUCAAAGACUACAAUAAUGCUGAAGCAAAAUUGAAAGCAGUGAAAGGGAAAAGAUUGCAAGGAAACACAGGUAGAGUUCAUUUGAGUAUUGUGAGAUGGAACGUCUUAAAAAGAAACAGUUAGUUUCAAGGAGAAAAGAAAACAGGCAGAUCGGGGUAUAGAUUUUUGCAUUGUGUUUGUAACUGAUUACUUUAUAAGAGUUUAGUUCACAUUUUUGGCAAAAGUAAAUAUUCGUGUCAAAAAUUUUUCAAUGUGCAAUCUUUAUUUGAUGGAAAACAGUAAGUUUCUAAAACAUGUGACUUAA